CCACAUCGAUCUGGCACGACCUACUUCACGUAUUAAACACGAAAGCUCACGGUUUCGUCGCUUGGACAAGUACCACCGCAACUAAGAGCUUUCGCUCAGUUUGUAAGGCUGACUGGGACAAUUUGUUUUGGAAGAUCUUUCAGCCAUCCGCUGCGAACGAAUUCCUGUCUUCGUCGCAUUCCGUAUUCUCACACUGAAAUAUUUACAGGCAGAGAGAUGGGUGAUCUUUAUUCCAAACCGGCAUCAACUACUCCAAAGCCCUCAGGUGGCGCCCCUCAAAGCUGUUCCCAGGGUGCAAGACCAAAGGAUUCUUGUCCAAAUGUUCCACAUGCUACUGGUAUUGAUCACCUUCCUACUGCUACGCUGGAGGCUCUUUCCAGGUUCCAGAGUGGAGGUCCCUCUAUCCCAGGGGGUUCCCACGGUUUUUCGCGUGUUGGCACUUCAUUCGAUCAACCUUUCGCUGCUUCCGGCUUGGAUCGACUUCAGAAAACUCAACCGAACUUAUCGGCUACUUCGUUCAACCCAACUUUCCUUACAAACGAGAUUUUGGCGGCUGCACAAUUGGGUGGUCAAUUGACACCAGCCCAGCUCAACGCUCUGGUUGCCGCCUACAGUCAACAUCAGCAACAGACUCACCCCUCCAACAUCGGUCCAAACGUCGCACAUAACCCAGCUAUUCAGUUUUCUCAGGCGCUUUCCUCUACCGCAUCGGCUUCUAAGUCUUUAUCUUCGCCCACUCCGUUGAGACCGGGUGGCACAGGUUCCCCACUCACUGGACUUCACGUUAGUCACUCCGGUUCUUCUCAUCUUACUCAUUCUGCUAUCCCGUCCACUCAGUUCACUCUCCACCAGAAACGACCGGCUAGUAGGCAAAACCCGUUCCCGGUUGUCCACGUAUCUCACGUAACCACCAGUGCGGUCGGAAACCGUCCACCCUCGGCUUCUCAACUUGCAUCCCCCCAUUCGGGUCAGCAGCAACUGCGUGCUCCUCCUCAAGGUCAUUCUAGCUUACCUCACGCGCAUCACUCUGGACAUCACAGCUCCUCGCGUCAUUUAUGCGAACCCGGCCACUCAGAUCAAUCUGCUGUGUCACUGACUCAUUUGAACCCUGCAUCUCAGAUUCCGUCGAGGCAUCCCGGUGCAUCUACCCCUGCUGCCUCACCUUCGGCUAGCCCCGUCCUUCCCAGUUACCAGGGUCGUCGUCCUCAGUUGGCUCCGAUCGGCGCUCAUCCGAACAAGCGCCCUCGUCUUACAACCAGUACCCAACUACCGCCUUCUCCAUCUCACCACCAUCAUCACCACCACCAGCAGCAACCGAUGCCACAUCAGUUUGCACACCAUGGUCUACCGCCCCUGUCUGCUGGCAACCACAUUGUUAGCACCUCGUUACCCGGCGGAAUGGAGGCUCUAAUGAGCGCAGUUGUCGCUAACAAAGCUAUGGCUAGUCUCAACUCGUGCAGUAAUUUUCUCAAUCCCACAGCCUACGGGUCCGCUGGCGAAGCGGCUGCUGUCGCUGCUGCACUCUCUCCCCUGUUUACGGCUGCUAUGAACAGCAACACAGCCCUUUCAGCCUCUAGCGCAUCCGGUGCUUCCUCGUCUGUUUGCAGCCCGAGUACCUUCCCUGGUCAUUUUCCUAUGCACCACCAACGACCUCCUAGUACUACCUCCAACAACCCCUCCGUGCCACAUAACCUUCAGCAACAGCAGCAGCAGCAGCAGCAACAACAACAACAACAGGAACAACACAUGUUAACUCAGGCUUACACCAAUCAGUUACUCCCCGGACCCAUCUCGAACACAGGACGAGUCGGAUAUUCUCACACUACUGCACCAACGCCACCGAUCCACAGUGUCCAGUCAUCUAUGGGAUCUCAGCAGAGUUCAGGCCUUUCUGGAUCGAUGCACUUGACCAACAAAAUGACUCAUUCCACAGGCGUACCACCGAUGCCAUCCCGCUUGCCUUCGGGUCAUUUGAAUCAUCCACACCAUCUUGGAGCCCAUUCAGGACAACAUGGUUUUCACACUGCAGCACAUGCCACUGCUCAGAGCGCCGCAACACAUCAGGUUCUAGGACAUGGAACUCUACCUCAGGGCAGCGGUGUCCUUCGACAACAGACAAAGGAACCUGCAUAUCAUCCUCAAGUGGAGGCUAUUUCACCGGCACCAGAGGAGUCACGUCUCACGGAUGCACAGGAUGCCAAGUUCCAUCGUGAAGGCGAGGAGCUACUGCGUCAGUUGGACAUUGUUGAAAGUGACCUGCAAAAGCAAGUUGGACUUGAGCGCCUUCUAGAGAAGCGCGAAGCUCGGUUGGCCAGCCGACUUGCUUCCACCGGAUCUCUGACCGAGUCGCUAGACUCGAACGCUACUACGUCUGAUCUCCGACAAUCACCAUCAGUGGAGCCGUCUCCUACCAUCGACCUCAUCAGUGACCUAGAACGGACAUACGAGAACCCCAUACAGGCCUUCAUUUCUGAAAACCGUCAACGCACCCGACAGCAUCAUUUAAUUUUCACCCGGCUUUGCGGUCCACACGUCAAAGCAUUUCCAUUCGCACUACCACUAUACAGACAACCGUCUGAUUUGCCGUAUUUGUGUGCCAUCCGUGCUGAUUUCCGUCAGAAUUUCCGUCCAAAACUAAUGCGCUAUCUGCGACGUCGCCGCAAGGCAGAACAAGCUCGCUUGCAGUAUCUGGCCGAACAAUAUGCACAUCAUUCCACGAUUUUCUCUAAAAAAGUGGAGAAAAUGUUGAACAGCACCAAGCAGCGUCAUCGGGAACUUCGUCAUCGUGACAUUUUUGAAAAAACCAUUCCCGAAGUCAAAAAGAAUAGAGAAGACCGCGAACUUAGCGUGAGCGAUGGCCCCAAACCGAUGGUUUCAGAUGACCUCGAACCGCAUUGUCAGCCUGCAGGCGGCGCUAUCGUCGAUGGGACGCAACCACCUGUCUACGAUCCGGUGGAGGAAAUGAACAAAAUGAAAGAGUAUGCCAUUGACCCGCCCAUCCCGCUAGCACCAUGGCAGCGCCGCUACCGUUUCAUUUACCAAACGGGUCUUGUCACCGAUUGUCGAGCCCAACUUCAAGAGGAACUCGAUCUAUCCAACUGGACAGACGAAGAAAAGCAAGUGUUUCGUGAACGCUUUCUUGCGACUCCGAAGAACUUCCUCAGCAUCAGUAACUACUUGGAGAGAAAAACCGUUGCUGAUUGCAUUCGCUACUAUUAUUUAACAAAGAAAAAAGAAGGCUACAAGCAGUUGUUGAAAAAGCACACUGCCAGGCGUCGUCGUGCACCUCAGUCGGAUCGAACUGGUGGAGGUGGCGGUGGAGGAAGCCAACAUGCUGGUGGUGGUGGUGGUAGUGGCGUCAACGGUGGCAACCACUUCCCCGGGCCACUUUCUUCUGGUCAAUUUACUGGCUCACUUAGUGGGUUAGAUGAAUCACAGCAGUCUGUGAACGGACCAGCCAACGGUCCGACAGAUUCAACCAAGGACAAUGAUCACAAACCUCACAGACGCGAUGCGUCCUCCAACCCCGGUGCGAAUGGUGCUAGCCGCACACGGACGAGUCGAUACCGUCCCACGGUUGGACGCCAGCAGGCAUCCUCUAAUUUCACAGACGAAUUAAGCAUUGUGCACUCCAAGCCUCAAUCGGCAACUGCAGAACCAAUAGCGGAGACCAAGUCAACAGAUUUUGACAUUCACGAUUUGCUCCCGUCUGAAUCAGAUCCUGAUUCCAAGCCACCGCGCGUCACGGAACCCCCUAGCUCGUCAAUUCCGAGUGAUCUCACUGAUACAAAUGAGGCAGCGAAAGGAAGCAGCUGCCUUCUGGAGACGCAUUCGUUCGACGGCGGUGGGUCGGAGGACAAGACGAUCUCUGUCUGUUUGUCCUCGCGUACGCCAGCUCCAGCUCCCAAUGAUCCCAACGCUGAUUGCUUUGCGACCGAGCCCCAACGGUCCCCGUUCUCAACUCUCGCUUCUACCGAUGUGGAUGGUUCCACAUGCAUCAAAGAUCUCAUUCAUUUUGCAAUCGAAAAGAACCUCACUCGACCGUGGUCGCGUGACUCCGCCAUGCCUUUGGGUCCCAGUACUGAGCGUUCCGCUGACAAAUUGCGCUCUUCACACUCGCCAACGAAUUUUGAUUCCAAAUCGUACCAGUCAAGUCCUCUUGAGGCCAAGAAAUCUCUGCAACCGGAAUUGGUACACACGACGCGCGAAUCGGCCUCCUCCUCCAAAUUGGGUGUCGAUUCUGCCAAUCCCAUCUCUUGUGUUCCACAUUCUUUUCCGUCUGCACCAGCAGCCGAGUUGUAUGCUGCUGCCGCGCAACUCGCAGCCGUCAGUGCAACAAGCGAAGAAUUGGCUUCCGCAAUGCAAGUCGCUGCUGCUGCUGCCGCUGCUGCAACUGCGGCAGUCAUAGGCCGUAAGAACACGGAUCCACAAAUGCUCGACAAUUCGAGUCUUGCUCUGCAUUCAGCUGUGGCCAGUAGCGGUACACAUGCGGAUUCACGCGUGCACUACUCGGUGGAACAGCCAAAGCCCGAUGAACCAGGGGAUCGUUGGAAUCGCUACUCGCAGUUUCCCGAAUCAAUGAACCACUCUGCCGAUCAAUCACUUAGAUGGCCCGUAAGCACAGCUUCUGGUGACCUCGAUUUAAAUCCAACGAACACGGCAAUUUUAUUCGGCGAUUUUCUUACUGCGCAGCAGUUACGAUGGGCAGACCCCCCUGCAGCUUCUACGCAGCCACCCGGAAUCGAUCGUACCAUCCCACCGGUUUCACUGCAUUCGCGCUGUAUAGACCCCAACACACUUCCUGUUCCCAUUGGGUUGACCGCAUGCUCUCGUGGUCACAAUGCCGGACUUGCAUUGCCGCCCAACCGUCCGUCGUGCGACUUAUUAACCUCCAUGCUCCCCACAGCUUCCGUUGCAGUUGGUGAGUCACGUUCAGCCUCGAACGCUGGUUCUCUAUCCGCCGAACACGCUACUUGGCUCGCCCUGCAGGCUCAAGCAGCGGUUGCUGCAGCAGCAGCUGUUGCUUCUACGACUCGCACAGGGAAGAGCGAUUGCGCGAACGCAUUCGUCAGGCCUCCGCGAUCAACCCACUCUCCUCUUUCCUCUGACCCCACCAAGGCUGACAAUUUGUCUCCAGCGCUGUACCGAGAGAAUUCAGACGAGCAACCUGUUCCAUCGCGGCCGAGGCGUUUGCACCUUGUGGAUCCCAUUUCCGAUCAGUCUGCUUCGAGCAACGGUGCCCACUUUAGUCGGAUCGGCUACACCGAUGCCCAGAUUGCCCGGCGCUGCGUACCAGAAUCACUCGUUUCAUCCGCUGUGGUGUCAACGAUUACGGCAGCCCAAACUCCUCCACCUUCAUCUGUUCCUUUUGGCCAAUUUUCUGUCACACAGGCUGGUCAGAAGGAUAGCAGCUAUGCAUCAGGACUCAUUUCACUAAACCCAGCCACCUACAUAGACGCACUCAUUCACACUCAUUUAAAUCGCGACAAUCGGAAUCCUGAGGACGUCGGGCGCCCGCCGCAACCAAGCAACGCUUCUUCUUCAGUGGUUAGUGGUCAUUUCAAACUGGCGCGUAACUAUAAAACGCUCACAUCUGAUACGGCCGCCACAUCGCCCGAGGGCGCCUCACAUGUCGUGGUGUCAACUAACACACUAGAAGAGCAGAUAAAUAAGGCUAUUGCGGAGGAAAUUCGCGCCCAAAUCCGUCCCCAGAUUCCCAAUUCUCCAGCCGCGUCUCCCGGUGACACGGAUCCUCAUUCCACCCUCUCUCCUUUUUCUGUCAACUCUUCUCAUGCAACUAACGCAGUCCUCGGAGUCGGAAUAUCUCCUUGCACUACUAACGUCCCCCUGAAGAAGCGGGAUCGUGGUUCAUCGCUCACCAUCAUAACCAAGCCAACAAAAUCUUCAACUGAACAUACGAAGUUCCCUAAACGGUUUUCACAUCCGUUCGAUUUCAUGGAUUUGAAGCAGACAGCCUCUAUGGAUUGCACCGAUAAAGCUAAUGUGGACGAAACUUCCGAUCCGAAGACAUUCUCUCACAAUCGCGCCAAUGGAAUUAGGCUACCCUUUGAGAUUUCGACCAAAGAUCCACGGCUCAAGCCUCGUUCUUGGUCUUAUGAGGCCCAAUCGUUGCCCAUUACUCCCGGUUCCCUUGCUGCCUCACCUCAUUUGACCGAUGGAAUGAAAUGUUCCAGCGCCCAUAUCCCCAAACUAUCCAAGUCAACCGAUGUGAACCACCCGACUACUGCAUCUCCUGCUUCCUCUCUAGGUGAUGCAGAAUCACCGGGGAACCUAGAAAUUGAUCUUGCUGCCUCCGACCUUCAGGCCACGUCCUCCGCGCUUGACUGUGCUAUCACCUCAACUCGGCCAAGCCCAUCUCCGUGUCGUUCUAAGGAAACCGCUUAGUCGUUUUUGCAAGUCACGGGGCAGACUACUCGCUAGAGUCAAUUUUUGUCUACGCUCGUUAAUAAUGUAUGUUCGCUUUGCGCGUUUUCAAUAGCGCUUAUCACUCCCACUUUCGACCACUAUCGUUCUGUAAAUUCUUUUGGUUGACUCAUCCUUUCCACGGCAUCUUCGCGUGUGCCCCACCAAGUGGCUACUUGGUUUUAUUUGUCCAUCUUAGUUGUGCUUUCCUCUCCCGUUCUUAUUCAUUUCAGCUAUCGAGACCACAGUUUUGGGAUUUCCCACAUUAGUUUAGACACGAAUUUCUUGAUUUUACCUAACCAAUCGCUUGCUCAACUUCCUUUAUCUGUUGUUAUACGACCCACUAUUUUGCUAAACUUCCUACUCACGUGCGUACACUUUCGCUCUUUUUUGUUCGUUUUUAUCUCCCUCCUUAUUACCUGUUACCCUUCCCCGGUUUGCUAGGCUGUGUUCUUAUCAUUGAAGUCGUUCUCCUCGGCUUUGAACCACUUGGGGUGCUGUGUAUCACUUGUCUGCUUUCUUCUCUCGCUUCACUUGUUAAUGUGCCACGUUGUAGGCUCGCCCAUUCAAUCAUGGGUUUUGCAAACAUUUUUCUGCUCGAAAUCCGAUCAAGUUCCGUCAAAUACAAUCUCACGGUUUUCAGGGUCUUCAACCACGUUGCCC